AUGGCCGAGAGCUUGGAGCCCACACAGGUUUCCGCGAGUUCAGAGCAUCUCUUGCCCACGUUGAGCCGCUUGGCAGCCAGGCUGGAAGCAGCCUUCGUCUCUUCAGAAGCCGAGCUGCGGCUUGCGUGUCGGGAGGUGCACCAGAGCUUAGAGCAGCUGGUCCACGGAUUCCACGUUCCAGACACGCCCGGCUUGUCCCUUUGCGUGCAGCGUCAGCCAGAGAACCCAUUCGACCAGCUGCUUCCCUUGAUGAAGGACACAAAGAAUGUGGUGCUGUGCAAAGGUGUGCCGCCAGAUGAGUACUUACCGCUGGAUACAAUCAGCUUCACCGUAAAGGAUGCGGAUGGCACCAAGGGCAUUCAGACUGUGAACAUUGAUGCUGCGUCGACAACGCUGGCACAGCGAUACCCGGCUUUGGCAUGGGGGCAGCUGAAGAGUAUCCUCUACGAACACACUCGAAGUGUAUGCAAGCCUGCAGCCAGUGAAUGGGCCAUUGCGCUGAGUGCUGGAAGCAUGUCUGCUCUGGACAUUGCCAUCACCAUGUUCCUCAACCCUGGCGAUACCAUUCUGGUGGAAGAGUACACAUUCUUGGCAAUGAUCGAUGCUUGCCUUGCUGCGGGAUUGCGCUUGGUACCCGUCUCCUGUGAUGCUGGUGGUCUUUGCCCAGAUUCGCUUGAAGGCGUUCUGAACGCCGAGCGAAAUGCUGGACGAGUACCCAAGGUUCUGUACACUGUCCCAGUUGGGCAGAACCCUCUUGGGACGCGACUUCCCAAUCAACGUUACGAAGCCAUCUACAGCUUGUGUGCUGAGAAUGGCGUCUUCAUUCUGGAGGACGACGCAUACUACUACCAGCAGCACAAUGCGCACGAUGAUCUGCGGGAUGACGAUGAAUCUGCUGUCGGUGGACUGGAGAAGCUGGGGACCACGUUUGUUUCCCUUGACCACCGAGGCAUCGUACUCCGCUUGGACUCCUUUGCGAAGAUGCUAGCGCCCGGCUUCCGUCUGGGCUGGGUCACCGGGCCAAAGCGCCUCGUCGAGGCCUACGAGAAGCUGUGCUACAUCUCCACGCAGCAGGGAAGUUCUUUGGCAAUGGUUUGCCUCGCCUCGUUGCUGUCACAGUGGGGGAGAUCUGGGUUGCAGGCGCAGCUUCGGCACUUGCAGCUGGGCCUUCGACAGCGUUGCCGGGCGCUCCUGCGCGCCUGUCAGGAAAACCUUUCUGAUUUGGCAACCUGGACAACUCCGCAGGCAGGCAUGUUCUUGUGGCUAAAGAUGACUCGGCCGACGGCUUUCUCUACCGAGAUGUUAAUAGACAGUAUGAGGCGCCAUGGCGUCGUGGCCAUGCCUGGCUCCUUCUGUUCUCCCAGCGCGCAAAAGGAAGGUCACACGGUUCCCUUCGUCCGCCUCUCAUUCGUCACGCCGGAAGACAGCUACCUCGAAGGUGUGCAGCGGUUGAGACAGGUUCUCAGCGAGCUCAGCACCCCAUUGCCCAGCAACAAAGAAGCAUAUCCCACUUGA